UUGCAUAUCUAGCUACAAAACGGCCAUCUCUAGCAAGCACAUUUUGCAUUUGAUUAGUUUUCCAUUAAAUUAUUGUGAUUUUCCAACGUUUUCGCCGGGGAAAUGUACGAACUAAAGACCCUGCUGCCGCAAUUCGACAUCAAGCUGCCCACCUGCAUGUAUCCCCUGAAGAAUGUGAGCCUGGCGGCGGAUUCCCUGGCCAGUGGCUCCUCCACAUCCACACCCGCGUCCACAUCAUCAUGCAAAUCGGAGGCCAGCGGGAUCAGCAAAACAAGCCGAAACGCAGCCACAUGUGCACUUGAUUUGGACUCUUUAGGCCGACAAAUACAGCAACUGCUAAAGGACGACACGGCUUCGGUGGCUGCCCGCCAAGAGAAGGUGCUCAAGCAGCUGGAGGACCUCAAGGCGCAACUGGGACAGAUCCGGGCCGGACUCGGAGUUUGUGGCAAGACCUUCCAGCACACGACUGCCUUCCAGAAUGGAGGCUUAAAGGAGGUUCCCCUGCAAGAUGUUGUUAUCAAUGGACAUCCCAACUUCAUCCCCUAUGCCUUGUUGGCCUUGAAAAACGCUUGGAGGGAUCUGUACACGAUUGAUGUCAAGACCUUCACGCACUCCACUAUGGCCGAUAUUGGACCAGCCGCUCGGGAAUUCGAAGCUAACUUGGCUAAAGUUCCAGUUAACCCGGCUCUGCCGAAGAUCAAUGUUACGCUCAUUUGGAAGAACUGCGAACACACCGAAAUGAUCAGCUCGCCCACGAUGUACGUACCCAUCUACGGAGAGGUGAACAUCAUCAGGUACCUGGGUCGAGUGGGUCCCGCCGAAUACCGAUACGAGGGCUCGCCCCUGUGCAAUGAGAUCGACCUCGUCCUGGACAUUUGCUACCAACUGCUGCGCUGCAACACCCACAAAACGCAGGUGGCCAUGGUGCGCCUGCUGGACAAGCGGCUGCAGCAGCAGCAGUAUUUCGGCGGCUCCCAGAUGUCGGUGGCCGAUAUCGGUGUCUACAGCUCACUGAUACGAAUGCCCGGAGUAACCGAUAAGGACCUGACGCCAGCGCUUUUGGCUUGGCGAAAACGGGCGAAGCUCGUGGCUCAAAUUUAAAAACCUUAAACGACAAAGGCGAACAAAUAAAUUAUACAAAUAAAUCUAA